GAGGCAAAGCCACAUAGGCAAAAGUUUACUAUUUUAUGGCUUAUGGUCCCUUCACUGCUAUCCAUUUUUUGUUGUUUGUUUUUUAGUUGUCUGUGUAUAUUCACUGGACAGACAUUCCUGGCACAAACGGAAAGGGUGGGGCAGGAGAUUCUCUGAUGUACUUCACCAUGAGUUCCUUUCUGUUUGCCCUGGCAAAACAAUCCUUCGACAAUGCCAUCGGCCAGGAAAGCUCAGAGGACUCUUGUCACUAACAACAGAGCUCAGCGGAACUGGUGACAGGAGGCUGUUCGGGGGAAAACACAGUCUUCAACUCUCUCUCGAAACUGCAGCCCUGCUAAGGAAGGAGGGAUGGAUUACACUUUGGAGGACGCCCAGCGCAAGGAGAAACUCCUGAAGACGGUCUACAGCCUCCAAGUUAAAUCGGGCGCCACUUUCCAAAAAGCCAGCCCUCUCCUGAGCAACCACCCUGGACUGGGAAUGGUGACCGAGGACCAAGUUCAUCAGCUGGCGGAGAAAGCCAAGGGUAUCUGCCACGACUUGGACAAUAUCAGGAAUCAUCUCCAUUUCCGGCAGGACGACUUGGUUCAGCAGAUCCCGAAUCCCAACGGCAACCGAUACGGAGCCGUGCGCGGAAUUCACUGCUCCCUCGACGGGGCUGUCUACGUGACGAGUGAAAAUGCUCCCCGGCUUCACAUCCUCAAGCACCCGGGCCACACAUUUCAGUCCUUGCCGUGUCUAGAAUGGAAAAAGAAGGAGACCUUUUUGCCCGAGGAUGUGACCCUGACCAGGGCAGGGCUGGUGGCUGUGACAGACAUGGUGAGCGGCACCGUCCGCAUCUUCAACAAUCACUCCAAGUUCUCCAAAGGCGAAUGGCUAAGCAUUGGAAAGUUUUCUGCUCCAAGAGGGAUUGGAACGGAUGGGUCCGGGAAGAUAUUAGUGGCCGACUACACAGAAGGCCAAGUGCACAGCUUCGCCUUAGACCGCGCUUUCAAGAUGCAGGCCGCCCGCUCCGUCUCCAACCUUCAAGGGCCACGUUACGUGUCCCCGGCCCCGGAAGGAGGGUUUGCGGUGAGCGAAGAGUGCGGGGACGUCAAGGUGUUCAGCAGCGCUCACAAACUGGUCUCGUCCAUCACCAGCAAGUAUCACCACCACUUUGGCAACCCCGCUGGGAUCUGUUCCGACAACGAAGGCAACAUUCUCGUGGCGGAUGAGCAACACCAGAAAGUGCACUUGUUUCCCAGCAGCGGGUCCCCAAUCUGCCUUGUAUCGAAAGGUCUGCAGAGGCCGGCAGGGAUCGCUUGUUCCACGCAGGGCUUGCUUUUUGUUGCCGACAGCGGGGAUAAUUCCAUCAAAGUCUUCAAAUACCGCGUACAACCCUAUUACAGUGCUGACGUUACACCCGGGGACAGUCCAACUGUAACUCCUAGAAGGAGGGCAAAGUAGUGAAGGGACCAUGAGCCAGAAAAUAGUAGACUUUUGCAUAUAUAGCUUUGCCUCUGCAUAUAUCAUAUUAGCUUUUACUAGCUGUGCCCGGCCACGUGUUGCUGUGGUGUAUGGUGGUAUGGGAAAUAAAGUACAGUAUUAUUAUUAUUAUUAUUAUUAUUAUUAUUAUUAUUAUUAUUAAACUUUAUUUGUACCCCGCUAGCAUCUCCCGAAGGACUCGAUGCGGCUUACAAAGGCCAAGGCCUCAACACACAAUAUAACAAUACAAAACAAAAGGCAAAUUAAAACAAUUAAAACAGUAUAAACCACAAGCAAUAACAAUACGCUAAAACACAAUAGAACUGGGCCGGGCCAGAGUAAUGGGUACAAGAUUAAAAGUGCUGAUGUGACAGGUGAUAUAUAAGGCUUCUAGGGCAAGUGCAGAGUGCGAUAUGCGAUCUUAAUUCUAAUAAAGUGCUUAUGGGACUUGG